AUGGAUGAAGUGCUGGCUGCAGUAGCCGAGACUAUAAAGAACUUUGCUAUCAUCUACCUCGUCGACAUCACCGAGAUCCCAGACUUCAUCUCCAUGUAUGAGAUGUACGACCCGUCGACGGUGAUGUUCUUCUUCCGUAACAAGCACAUCAUGAUCGAUCUCGGGACGGGAAACAACAACAAGAUCAACUGGGACCUGAAGGACAAGCAGGAGUUCGUCGACAUCGUAGAGACUGUCUACAGGGGUGCCUGGAAGGGCCGUGGUCUGGUGAUCGCUCCCAAGGACUACUCCACCAAGUACCGUUACUAAGAAGGCAGGCAAUGGUGUCGGCUGCUGCUACUGCUGCUGUGUUAGCUUGAUAUGUUCUCACUCAUGUAAUGAGGGAUGUUUUAUCCAGACAGGCAGACAAGGGAUGCUUGCUUGCGAGCAUGUUGCUUAACUAUCUUGGCAUGCCAUAAACCUGUAAAGCUGUAAUAUGAGCUGACCGUUGGAGUGUCAAAAAUUAUGUUUUUCA